UCUCUCUCUCUCUCUCUCUCUCUCUCUCUAACACACACACAACUUCACUUUCACCCCAUUUCAAAUUCCUCUCUCUCAAACACACACACACGCACCCAACUUCACAUUCACUCCAUUUCAGAUUCCUCUCUCUCUCUCUCUCUCUCUCUCUCUCUCUCUCUCUCUCGACCCGAUACAUUUCCCAAACAUGUCCCGGAAAACAAGCAAACGAGUCAGCUUCAGCCCCGAUAUCACCGAAAAGCCGAAACUCUCGCUCAAACCCGACACCGGUACGAGAGCUGCCGGAAACCGGAAAAGGGUCGCUGCGAAAUUCAGUUUCCGGCUGCCCAGGAGCACAGGAUCCUCGCCUGCGAAGUUUCUCCGGCGACUCGGCACGAGUGUUGUAAGAACCGUUCGUUUCUUCUCGGUGCGGAGGGUGUCGCCCAAGGCUUGCCCCAGCUCGAGAUCUCGGCCGUCCGUUUCUCCGCAUGAUUCGCAUCGGUCGGAGGACAUUGAAGACUGCAUCGAGUUCAUUAACUCCUCGUGUUCGCUAGAGCGGUCGAAUUCAGUUUCGGCGAGUUCAUGGUAGGUAGUGCUUUGCCUCUGUCGCCACCCACCCGGGCCCACAUGCUAAGAUUCUCUGAUGAUUUGGACCGUCCAUAUUCUCUACGCUACCAUAUAUAUGCUAUUAAUCCAUGACCACACUUCAUUGAUAAUACUCACCUUUGAUUUCUGAAGUUGAAUGGGAUCCAUUGAAAUUUUUUAUUUUCAUGGUUAUAAAUUCAUCUGCAGAUAGUAACGAUCGAAAUCAUCCAAUCAGUGUAAAUUUCUUAUAGUAGCCCUUCUGGCAUAGAUAACACAAAAUGGACGGUUCUGAUGAUAUUUUUAGUCAGCAUGGGGGCACCACUGUUCAUUGAUAUACGCUGGACCCUAGGUCGCGACGGAGGCGAAACGAACACUUCAUGGUAUUAGAUUCGAUGGAAAAGCAUAAAACAGAAACAUACUGCAGGAAUCCGGUCCGCCGCGGUGGACAUAGAUUAUGUCCGCGAAUGUUUGCGCUUUCCACGUGGUGUAGGCGUACGAUGAUCUUGUCCGUUCAAUUGUCACAAGGAUCCAUGAUGGACCAUAGAGAAAAAAUACAGUGGUCAGGUCACGUGAAAAAUGUCGUACAAAAUAGCAAACUGGAUUCCAAUGAAAUUUUAUCCACCAUAUGAUCUAUUGGUGGUUGUCUCGAUAAAUGAACUGUUCAAAUCGUCAGGAAGAUAUGCCACGCGUACGGUGUAAAGAGCAGGAGAAAGAAAUAUGGUCUACUCCAAAAAGAUGUAUUUAGUGGUGUAGCUUUUAUUUAUUUAUUUAAUUUAGUGAUGUACGUUAUGUGAAUGAUCAUUCUAUUUUUAUUUUA